CAUGUCACACGGCGAUGUCACAUUCUGGAUUGUCUUUCAAAACAAAUGUUAAAAAUUAACGCCGAGCUUAGACUUUUCAACGCAGCAUGUUUUAUUUAAAUGACUGCACGCUUACAGCGCUGCAAUCCUGCCGCCAAGAUUCCAUUCAAGAAGGCGUGCGAUUCUUAACAGAACAUGUAAUUACCUUUGACUAUUGAGCUCAUUUAAAUAAAAAUGUCGAGUCUUGCUGACGUGUUCACUGAGAAAGAAAGGACGAACUGGCUCAAGGCGUGGUUGGCAGUAGACAUAGCAAAGUCUGGUUUAGAACCAUUCGUGGAAAACGAGGCUAAACUUGUACAAGCAUGUAUGUACAACACCAUCUCGUCCGGUGGACAGGCACCGGGCACAUGUAAUGGUUGUUUGACAGCGAACUUGCUUAAUUGCCCCACUCCAGGAACAUGCAAUAAACGAGGAGCACGCGGGACAUGUACAGUUAUGCAUGAUUCCAUUGCAAAACAACCCCGGCCAUGUCCUUUAAGCAUAUGCGACAAAGUUCUAAUCGAAAUUGAAAAGGCACAUCGUUAUACAAAACCGUCGUGGAGGAAUACAUCCUCGGAUCAAUGGGCCUCCAAUUCUUGGCAAAUAGCAAAGGCUUAUUUACCUCCGGAUGGUUAUGCUGACAAGAGUUCGGUUAAAGAGACAGAUUUCAACGGAAUUAUCAGUUUUAUGAUGAACUGCAAACACUUCGAUUCCAAGUUUUCCUUUCCCAUACCUCCGGGUAAACCCAAUAAUUCAUGUCUACUAACAAAGGCACGAGAUAUUGGACGAAUUGUCCGACAUUCGUCUCAAUGUAAAGUGACAGACAGAGAUCUCCAGGAUAUCUUUACAACACUGAAUGACCUGCUGACUGACCCAAUGUGUCUCGCAAACGACGGAAGUGCACAAGAGGCUGUGAGGAAAUUAAGAGAUCUUGCAAAUGACGUAUUUAAAAUAACCACAGCGGAAAUGAUUCAAUUAUUAAAGGCUGCACAAGACACUCUAAAACAAGCUGAACAUAGUUCACAUAAAACGCUUGAUGAGAUUCGGGUGUACCUUAAACGUUGUAAGAAGGAUUUAAAACAACACGUCGACACAUGUAAACAGGAACUGGAUCAACACACCGACAAAUGUAAAGGUGUUCUGGAUGGAUAUUAUCGAAAGCCUUACGAAUGUAAUUACGAGCAAUGUUGUGAAGGUAUGUCUGACCGUAUCAUUUGUCUAACAAUCGAUUUCAGGUUUCAUAUUUAAAACAAAGUGCAUCUUCAGCAGCAGCAGCACCAGCCGGAGAUAAACCUUACUUAAGCAUGUGAUUCUUCGUUUAUUGCCAGGAACAAAGAAAAGACAUACACAUACACAACAAACACACACAUACAUGAAUUUAACUUGGGUCACCGCCUUAUUACGGUUAAUGCAAAGCAUGGGGGAUAAAAUUAAUUUUAUCGAACUCAUCAACAUUUGCAAAGUGAUAUUUAUUUA